AUGAAUCGCAAUCGCACCCAGAGUUCGCGAUCGUCCAAAACCACUCUUCCGGGUACUGGCUCUUCGUUACAGACCCCCAAACUCAAAGAUUCCUGCGACAAAUGCUCCGCCUCAAAAGUACGUUGUACUAAAGAGAAACCCUUCUGUACCCGCUGCGAUAAGCUUGGAUACACAUGCUUUUACAGCCCAGCAAGACGGGCUGGUCGCCCCUACCGGUCAAGAAAACAGCUCCCAGAGGAUAGAGACAGUGAAGAGUCGAAUCGGCCCUCUGCAAGAGAUAUAACCACGACCCAGUUCGUAGACGAGAGCGCGACCCUGUACUCCCGCUUCAAUGGUGUCUCCAUACCCGUCGGUGUGACAUCCAAUAUCUCAAACUCAGAUUCCACUCCGUGCAAUAACAAAACGGCACAACCAGACCCCAAUAUUGCAAAAGACCACGACAGCUUGGAUCCGGAUUGCAUGCUAGUUGCUCUAGACAUAUUCUCCGAACUAGAAGUGCCAGCAGAGCAAUUGAGACGAGCAUCCCCCCGUAGACGCAAGCCUUCUCAAGACAACCGCACAAACCAUUACAGCAGCCUUCCAUCGCCUCACUACAAUUUUGACCUGCCCUUGCUCUGA